AUGACGACGGAUUGGAGUGCUGUGUCUCAAACCAUUUCCCAAGAAUGGGACAAGACAAUAGUACCUUCCCUCACUGCAUAUGUUGAAGUACCAAACCAAAGUCCUCAUUAUGAUGCAGAAUGGGCUACUAAUGGUCUUAUGGAUAAAGCUAUGAAUGUUAUUCUGGAUUGGGUAAAAGCACAAAGUAUUAAAGGUCUUAAGUAUGAAGUUAUUGAAGAAAAAGGGCGUACACCUUUUCUUAUUGUGGAAAUUGAAGGAACAGAACCCACUGCCAAUACUCUUUUAAUGUACGGACAUAUGGAUAAACAACCACCUCUUCUUCCAUGGGAUGAAGGACUACACCCUUAUAAACCGGUAUACCGUGACGGAAAACUCUAUGGUCGAGGUGGAGCAGAUGAUGGAUAUGCUAUUUAUUCUGCAUUAAGCGCUGUGGCAGCAGUUCAAAAACACGGAUUACCUCAUGGACGUAUCGUUACAAUUAUUGAAGCAUGUGAAGAAUCUGGAAGUUUUGACUUACCUUAUUAUAUUGAGAAAUGCAGCGCUCGUAUUGGAAAUGUUGACUUACUUAUAUGCCUUGAUAGUGGGGCUAUGAAUUAUGAUCAACUUUGGCUUACCACAGCUCUUCGAGGUGUUGGAGGAGGUAUACUUUCAAUUGAAACAAUGACAGAGGGUAUGCAUAGUGGUCUCGCUGGUGGUGUGGUUCCUGACACAUUCCGUAUUGCACGUAUGUUGCUUGAUCGAAUUGAAGACUCUGCUACUGGAACGGUAAAAAUUCCUGAAGCAUAUUGUGAUGUUCCUGAUUCAGUUAUGAAAAGUUUGAAAACUAUGAAUGAAGUUGACUUCAAGGGACAAUUUCCUCUUUUAUCUGGAGUUUCUACAGAACCAGGUGAUAACGCUGAACUCGCACUUCGUAAUUUUUGGAAACCUUCUCUAACAGUAACAGGUGCUAAUCUUCCAGAAAGUGAAAAAGCAGGAAAUGUUAUUCGUGCAAAAUCAACUUUUCGACUUUCACUCCGUGUACCACCUUUGGUGGACUCAACUAAAGCAACAGAAGCUCUUCGAAAAGUAUUGGAAGCAAACCCUCCAUAUGGUGCAAAGGUUAAAUUUCAUACAGAUGCCGCAGGAUCCGGUUGUGCAACUCCUGAACUUCAGCCUUGGCUUGCUAAAGCCCUUACAGAAGGAAGUCAAGCUGCAUUUGGAAAACCAUUUGCUUCACAAGGAAUGGGUGGUUCUAUUCCCUUUAUUGCGAUGCUGCUAAAGAAGUUCCCACAGGCGCAGUUUAUUGUUACAGGCGUGCUCGGACCAAAAAGUAAUGCUCAUGGUCCAAAUGAAUUCCUUCAUGUACCAUUUGCCAAGGGUGUCACGUUUUGUGUCGCACGCGUUGUCGCAGAUCACUUUCAUUUUACGCCAAAAUUAGCAAAAUAG